CCUCUAUAGGAAACACCCAUCAUUGCCCCCAACAAUCCUUUUCAACCUUAGAAACCUGAGCUUCUAAGAUAUUCCAUUCUUCCAAUUCCUUUCACUUUUCCCCUUAUGCCUCUUCCACUCUCUCUCAAUUUAAAUAUCCUCUCCCUCUUCCCAACUCUCCCACUCCUUCAACUUUUCUCCAAAUGGAUCCUUCCUCCACAAACUCAGUCAAUGGCUUCUACUCUUUUCUAAACAGAGGAAUUGACGAUCUAGAACGAGUUUUCUUAGCCAACAAUUUCAUGUCUAUUCAAUUCCUUCAAAGAACUCUUUCUCUACUUCGAUCUUUGCAUACCCAAUUGACCCUUUUGGUUCAAAAACUUCAUCUUCCUGUUGGUGACAAAUGGCUUGAUGAAUACAUGGAUGAAAGCUCCAAGCUUUGGGAAGCUUGCCAUGUUCUCAAGUCUGGCAUUUCGGGCAUCGAAAACUAUUACUCUGCUUCUUCUAACAUCACUUCGACUCUCGAUUCUCAUAUUCACAUCACCCCUCAAAUCUCUCGCCAGAUUGUAAGAGCGAUAUCAGUUUGUAGAAGAGAAGCAGUUGGGUUGGAAGAAGAGAAUCGAGCGUUGAUGGAAACAAGGAUUCAACCGCUAUCAUUGCGUUUUGACGAGAGAGUUUCAAUUGAAUCGAAGCUGAACGGUUUCAACGGUUUCAGAGGAGUGUUAUACGCAAUGAGAAACGUGAGUUCGUUGUUAUUAAUGAUUCUGUUAUACGGUUUGGUUUACUGUUGGCCGGAAUCAUCGGAUUUGGUUUUCGGAGGGUACGAGGAAUAUGAGUACGAAGGUUGUCUUUUUCUCGGAUCGGCUUUUAUGAUCUCAACGGCGAGGCUGCAGCAGAGAGUGGCGGCGGAGAUGGGGAGAAUGAAUGGUGGGCCAGGGAUGUUGUUGCAUGAGUUUAGAAGAUCGAAGGUUGUUAUGGAGGAUCUUAGGGGGGAGAUAGAGAGGAGAGGUGGUGGUGGUGGUGUUGUGGAGUGGGAGAAUGAAGAUGGUGUUAGAGAGAGAGUGGAGAGUUUGAGAGGGGCUUUUGGUGUUCUUAGAUCUGGUGCUGAUAAUCUUGUGGCUCAACUUGAUGAUUUCUUUGAUGAGAUUGUUGAAGGAAGGAAGAAGCUUUUGGAUUUUUGUAGCCAUAGAUGAAUCAAGAAAAAGUUUGAAGUAUUGAAGAAGGAGAAAAAAAAGUUAGACAUUAGAGAGAGUAUUGAUGGGGUUGUUGUACCUUUUCUUAACCUUUUUUUUUUUUUAAUCUAUUGUGAUCUUUUGUUUUGUUUUUCACACUUACCUUAGUUGAAAAACACUAAAAAAAUUAUGCCAUCAAUGAGUCUUAAAUUAGUUUUA